AUGUGUACAUAUCACGGAAUAAUAGAAGAAUAUCCUCUUAUAUCUAUUGAUUCAUUUGAAACACAUAAUUAUACAAGUACAAUGUUUUUUAUUACACAUAUUCAUAUGGAUCAUCUUGUUGGUCUUGAACGACCAGAAUUUGGUAAAUAUGUUGCAAAAAUUAAUGCACCUAUUUAUAUGUCAGAAAUUUCUAAACAAUUACUAAGUACAAUGGCACCAUAUAGACAUUUAAUACCAUAUUUUAAAUCAGUACCUAUUGAUCAACCAUUUGCAUUAACAAUUCAAUCAAAUGAUCCUGUACAAGCAAAGAAAAAAGAAGGAGCUAAUUAUGAUAGUAUGAAAAAUACACUAUCAUCUCAUACACCACAUGUUGGUGAAGCAAUACUUGUUACAUGUUUUGGUUCAGGUCAUUGUCCUGGUUCAGUUAUGAUUUGGAUUGAAGGUGAACAUGGAAAUGUUUUAUUUACAGGUGAUUUUCGUCUUUAUCGUGGACAAGCUAAACGUAUAACACAUUUACAUCGACGACGAACAGAUAAUGAUAAAGAUGAAACAUAUAUAUUUAAACCAAUUGAUAAUCUUUAUAUUGAUAUGACAUUUUUUCGUCCAGAUAUUUUACAUAUACCAACACGUGAAGUUAGUUGUGAAGCACUUAUUUUAUGGAUUAAAGGUUUAAUUGCUGAUAAAUCAAAUGAGGCUAAUAUUUAUUUUAAAACUAGUGCUCGUGUUGGUUAUGAACAAAUAUAUCGAGCUUUAUAUGACGGUUUAGGAAUGCGUAUUCAUGUUGAACAGGGUCAAUAUGAUUUUUAUGCAUGUUUACCAAUAAUACAAGAAUGUUUAACAACUGAUCCUAAUACAACACGUUUACAUGCAUGUCGUACAUCGGCAUCAAAUUUUGCUCAACCUUGUGCUUUUUUUCGUAAUUGUGAUAAACCUAUACGUGUACUUUUAUCAAUUAUGUGGUUUACAGAUCAAAUAGCUGCAGGUGAAUUAUUAGUUGAAUAUCAUAAAUAUCAUUCAAAUUUUGAGCAAAGUGUAUCAACAUCAUCUAAACGUUAUUUUAUUGGUUUUCAAGAUUAUGGUGGUGAAGGUGUUGAUGUUUCUUAUUCAGAUAAAUAUUUAAGUUAUCGUUUAUGUUAUUCUCUUCAUUCAUCAUUUUCUGAAAUAGCUGAUGUAUUAAAAACAUUAAAACCAAAACGUGCUACACCAAUAUCAACACCAUUAAUAUCACAACUCACACCAAAACGUCUUUUUCAAAUCAUUGAUCAUUAUAUACAAGAUCCAAAAAAUCCUAAAACAUCAACAACAACAACAAUAAAAUUUAAUGAAAAAUUACAACGAAAACCUAUUAAUCAACAAUUACAAAUUAAAUAUCGUUAUGAAUCAUUUCAAACUAAAGCAGAAAAAAAACGAAAAAAGAAAAUUGUCAAAGAACAACAAGAAAGAAAAAAUAAUAAUGAUGAUUUAGAUUUAGAUACUAAUGAUGAAGCUGAUAAAUUACUUUUACAACGUGUUAAUUCAUUAAAAGAAUCUAAUAAUAAAAAAAUUAAAACAGAUGAAUCAAAUCAAAUUAUUCGAUCUAUUUCAUUCGACUUAUUAAAAUCUCAAGAUGAAAAAAUCGAAUUCGAAAAUGAUUCACAAAAAUUAAAAUUGGAACAAUUAAUAUCUCCUGAAAAUUCUCAAUCAAGUCAGAUACUUCCUAUUGAAUUAAAAUCUGAAGAUACAUCAAAUUUAUUAAUUGCUACAGAUAAUUUAUUCUCAGAUAUAAUUCCAAUAACAAAUGAUCAAUCUAUUGAAUUACCAUGUACAGAUGGUAAUCGUCAACGUACAUCAUCAGAUGCAUCAUCAGCUACUGUCGAUUAUGAUUUUGAUACAGAAACAUGUAUAGCACUUACAUCAAAAUCUAUUGAUAUUGAUGUUUAA